AAUUUUCAAGAUGGGGAAUCAAAGUGGUAAUUCCUAAAGGUUGUGCAAUUGUCCUAGACAUGACUGAAUCAUAAAUAUCCCACAAUAUUCACAAAACCAUAACAGUUUUCCGGCUUUGCGGUUUGUUUAUUGAAGUAGAGAUAAAAUCAAAUCUGCAUAAUUCAAGCAUCAUAUUUCGCUCAAGUCAAUACAACAAUUGAAUUGGAAUUUCGGGCACCAGCUGAUAUUUCAGCUAUUCAGCCAAUGUCAAAAUAAACUUCAAGCUGUCAGUUGCGAACUCAACUUGUGGUGAAAUACGAUUUUGUAAAUAAUAUAGUGCUCCUGGGAAGAUUGUUUAUUAGCAGUGAUGGAUCAUUCCCCUACUACAUUUUUAAACAAGUUGCCGAUUGCUAACACUAGCGAAUAUUAUAUUUUGAAAUCCAUCUGGUCGUCAGAGGAAGUCAAUUUGAAUUUGAUUGAUUUCCGGGAUGCAAGCAACGAAUGGUCAGGAAGCAUCUCAAAUGAAUAUUUGAAGGCAUCGGCAGAAGCACUCGAUAUACCCUUCGAUGAUUUCUGCGCAGAAACGAAGGGAGCUCUAAGUACAAAUGGCGGUUUGCGUAGCUUUGAAUACGCCAUAGAAAACGACGAAUUUGUCCUGCGGAAGGUUGAUACAGUCAGAGUAAUAUAUUGCCAAGUGCCUCUGGUUCGCGAAACAAGUCUCCUUCAGAAAGUCUUCCUUGAAGCGAUGGACACAAUUGACACCCUUAAAAUUGAGCUUAGCACGAAGCAACUGGAUUACCAAACAUUAGACAUGGAAUUCAAAAUGCUUGCCCAAUCUUAUGAAAAAUCGGUCGUUGAGAAAAACGCCAGUGAAAAGGAGUUACUACAGAAGUGUGCUGCGCUGCUGAACUCAAAGAAAAAUAAAAUCGCGGAGCUACAGGAAUUACUAGCGGAAGGUCGAAGAUUAGCAGAACAAAACCGUGUUUCAUCAAACGUUCAGCAAGGAAGCAAUGGCGAUGGCGAGCGACUAACACAACCCAUGCCCAUUUCUGAAACGCAACGGCCAGUUCGAUCUUUGCCUAAACGAAAAAAUUUGGUUGCAGCUGAAACAGCUGAGAAACGGAUCAGGACACUGGAGCAAGAGGCCGAAGAAGUGAAUAAGGUAAGACCAGGGAAAAGUGAUGACAGCGAGAAAGCUUUGGACAGUGAAGAUAUGUUUGACGCUAUGAUAGGAUGAGGAUGUCGAAUAAUAAAGCUAUUUUGUUGUGUUAA